AGAAAAGGGAUAGAACUAACGAGAACUAUAAUAAAGCGAUUAAAAAUAUUAUAUAGCGUUGUAAGUAAAUUAGACGACGGUACGGGGCCGAUCUAUACGUCCAAGUCCGCUUUAAAAGUAAGUUCCAUAAAUACACGUUUUCUAAUAAGUAUAAUUUCCCUAAAUCUCGUAAUAAGUUAA